AUGAUAGAUAUCGAUUCUCUUAGUCUUCCAGUUCUUAUCGCUGCUUUAAUAGGAGUAAUUACUAUAAUGGGCACCGCAAUUAUAUACCUAACGAGAAAGCAGAAUGAGACUGACGAAGAUGUAGAUGCUGUGAUGGAUGAAAUAGUUCAAACUGUGUCGACCGAACCUCCGAAGAAAAAUAAGCAUCAACGGAAAAAUGACCAAUGGAAGGCAAAGGUGAAUGAAAUCAAGCAUCUUUGGUUUGUGACAACCUUAAAAGGGCAUACGUCUAAUGUCGUAGACAUUGAUUUUGCCACGGGCGGAAAAAAGUUUGUUUCAAUCUCUGAUGACCGAACCGCAUUCUUAUGGGACGUUCGUGAUUUCGAAAACAAAGAACAUAAGUGUAGUCGACAAGUUAUUGAAUAUGAUACUCCAACUCACGUUUCAUUCGCUCCAGAUUGUAAAAGCGUCGUUUUUAGUAUGAGAAGAGAAAAUAAGAUUUGUGUAUACCGACUUGUAAAGAAGGAAGGAACCUCAUCUCAUCAUUUUUCUCAUGUCGAAAACCUUGAUUUUGAAAAAAGACACCAACCGGAUAUUACUGAUAUUGGAAUCGCCUCUAAUGCAAAGUAUUUAAUGACGGCUUCAACCGAUAACAAAAUUUAUCUUUAUGAUCUAAGAGGCUCCGUUUUGAAAUGUAUCGAUGCCAAGGCAAAUUCAUUACACGAUUGUCGAUUGUCGCCUGAUGGAAGAUUCGUAAUUGUAUCCGGAUUCACUCCAGAUGUUUUUGUCUAUGAGCCAAUAUUUUCAAGAGAUGGCAACUUCCAAGAUGCUAAAAAAGUUUUCAACAUGAGCGGACAUUCUUCUGGAGUACUUGCCGCUGCUUUCAAUUCCGCUUCGACACGAGCAGUUACAGUUUCUCGCGAUGGAUUUUGGCGGAUUUUCGACAUUGAUAUUCGUUAUAAUGCUGGUCAAGACGCUACAAUUCUUAGAAAAGGAAGAAUCGAAGAAUUAGCUGGACUAUCUAGUGAAAACAUGAGAUUAGCGAUGAGUCCAAGUGGAAAUUCGUUUUCGAUUUCAAUUGGUUCAAAUCUGAUGAUUUUCAGCUCCGAAGAUGAAAAUAAAAAGUUCCCUGAAUUAUGCGAGUUACACGACGAAAGAAUCUCAGCUAUUCGGUAUUCUUCCGAUGGAAAACUGAUCGCAACGUGUGGUGACAAAUACAUUCGCGUCGUUCGUAAUGUUCCAGAAUAUCACAGCAUUGUCACGAAACUGACAAGAGAGCUGCCCGAAUGUACACAAGAAACCGCUAGACGUCGGAUUAAAGAACAAAUUGAAGAAGCGAAAAAGGAAUUAGCGAAAUUUGAAUAG